AUUUGGCAAAGUCGUCAUGAGGAAGAAGGCGGCUGCCGCAGUGUUUACAUGGUGAGCGCUUCGGUGGUGAUCGUUGUGUUCCAGGUGAGGGGCAGGCUGCUACAGCGUUUGCGUCAUGUCCGGCACAGAUGAGUACAGAAAUAUCUCGGAAAAGGAGACCAAGAAAACGAUCAGCUACUGCGUGGCGGACACCGUGCGCAAUCUGCAGUUGAGCCAUGUCACGUCGGGCAAGCACGUGACGAGCGAUGAGGACGAUGCUAACAAGCUGUGCUGUGCCCUGGAGGCCACCUUCAUGCACGGUCUCAAGGACAAGUACCUCCGCAGUGAUGCCCCCUCAGACAAACGCGUCCGGUGGAAUAACCGGACUUCCGGUGGACUCCCCGAACCGGUCUUUUGGAGCCUGCUCAAGUCCAUCACGCACAGGAAUGUGCUGGCAGAAUUGAACAGCCUAAAAUUCAUCAACACGGACAUAGGCCGCUGCCGGGCCUGGUUACGCCUGGCGUUGAAUGACAGCCUAAUAGAGUGCUACGUCACGUCUCUGCUGCGUGAGAAGGCCACCCUGGCUGACGCCUACCAUCCAAGCGCCUUCCUCAUGGACCCUGAGGAGACCACCAUCUUCCUCUCCUACCUCCAGGGCACCGCCAGCUUGACCUUCACCCUCUCCUACAAAUCGAGUGUUCUCAACGAGUGGACGACAACGCCACUUGCUCUUGCCGGCCUUUUGCCGCACAGCAUCUCGUCAAAUCUGGACAGUCUGGACCGCCGGCCCAGUAUGAGCAGCGUAGCGAGCUCGUCCUCGGAUGGCAGUUCGAUCGCGUCAACCACAAGUGAUGCCGUGGAGGUUUUCCGGGGGGUGCCGAAGCGCAGCUACAGCCAUUCCGAGCGACUAGGCACGGGGCCUGGGCAGGGACGGCAUGGGGGAAUAACAGGCAACGUUGGUGGGAACAUUACAGCAGUAGCAACGACACCGCAGGAGAAUCGGCUGCACCCGGAACAGUACAGCUGGCAAGGAGGAACGCAAGAAUCGUUGGGUGCACAUAUGGUAAUGCAGGGUACGUUGCUCGCACCCGCGAAUGUGACUGUGGAUGGGAUGGAUCGCACCCAAUCGACCCACAAUGAUACCUUAAAGUUUAGUAUUGAUUGCGAAGUGAAAGGAGUUCGCUCUGCUUUGAGCAGUGCUACUGACGUAAAUGGAUUAGGCCCAUGCAGCAACCUCCCUAAAGGAAGUGGGGUUGCCCCGAGUCUCUCGGAAAAAUUAAGUCUCCAUCCUUCUGGUUUGGAAUGCAAGAGUCUGCCUCCUGAUGACAUGACAGGAUCGUCUUGCAGCACACCACUCACUGAUGGUGUCAACAGCCACGCCAGCCCAGCAUCAAGCGGAACUCCAUCCGACGAGGUCAGCCCGGCUUUAGAGGCGAUGGAGGAUCCAUUCACAUUGAAUGUGCGGUUCGUCACUAAUGCCAACUCUACUGCCCUUAUAAAUGCCGGUCCCCUUAACUUGCAAGCCAUGUUCCCAUCGGAUGGAGUGAGAGGGGCUUCCGCCUCGUGGAACGGAGCACUCCUACGAACACCCGGUAUCGCCGCAGCACCCUCGGGACUCUCAGUGGAUGAUGAUGAGGUCACUCCGGAGACUCCCUCGAGGGUGGAUGACGCCAUAAGCAGGAGAAGAAGCAGCGGCCGAGAUCUCUUCGGCUCAGAGGAGGACAUUUACACGCUGAGCACAGGCGGGAGGGAGGCAACAUCCCAGACAGGCGGCUCUUUGCACCCUGUUGUGGGACGACAGGAGCGCGCUGCCUCCAGUGCCUGCCCCGACACAGAGCACGCAAGCAUGAGCUCAUCUGCCCCUUGCUCGUCGCUCAGCAACAUUGUGGUGGUGCACAAGAGGAAAACAGGCGUCUACAACCCAUUUCAAAACAUCCUGAAGAUGGGCAACCUGGAGAAGCGCACGGGCACCAUAUUGCUGUGGAAGGAGUACCACUGUGUGCUGGCGCCCAUGUCCCUGCAGCUCUUCAACCCAGGCUCAGAGGUGCACGGCAAGCCCAAAGAGGUCUACAUGGUCGCACAUUUCCAGGGUGUGAGUAGAGGCGGCAGUAGCAACCUCUUCCAGGUCGGAGGUGGAAACCGCUGUUGCCUGGAGCUCACCUACUCGGGCACCCGCAUACACCUGCGUGCGCCCUCAGAAGAGCAGGCAGACGACUGGGUUGAACGGUUGCAGGAGGCCAUCACCGCCAUGCAGUUCUUGCCAGCCGAUGAUAACGACACAACAAUCCAAGGACCACAAAAUCACUGCACAUCUGGACCACUGCACCCAGAGCCCACGGUUGAUGAAAGCUGUCUGGUACAGCCACUGCUACACGGUGUGCUAAAGGUACAGCAGAUACAGCAAGAGGAGACAGCAGGCACGGGGCACGCAUGGAAGUCAUUCUACUUCACUCUGGACAAGGACACACUGUGCCGCUAUGCCAUGAGCGAUCGCAACGGCGCCCCUGUCCGCACACACGGAACUCGCGAACUACGGGACGUGGAGAGAAAGCGGGGUGCGCCACGCAGAUUCAGCAUUGUGUUGGGCAGUGACACCCUGCACCUGCGUGCCGUUAGUGAGAUGGAGGCACGCCUGUGGGUUCACACGCUCAGACGCGUGCAGGGGCAGCAGACGGGGUCAGGGGAGCAUUGCAGCAAGAGUCCAGAGCGAGUAUGGGGGCGCAACGGUGAGGGUGAAGAAGAGGGCACCACUAUCACCAGCUCCUUCCUCAACCUGCUCACCGAGCUGCCCGCAGAGAAAGGCCUGGAUGCACAGAACUGCAAGUGUGCUGGUUGCGGCCGGGAGAUCGGAUUCUGCUAUGGUAAAGCCAAGGUGUGCUCCUACAGUCGGCGCUACUACUGCGUGCACUGCCACGCAGACGAUCUCGUCCUCAUCCCCGGGCGCGUGCUGCAUAACUGGGACGUCAGUCUGCAAAAGGUGGCAAAGCAGGCCAAGGAGUUCCUGGAAUACAUAGCGGAGGAGCCACUGCUGGACGUGAGCGAGGUGAACCCUAAGCUCUAUAAGCAUGUGGCUGAGCUGGCAUCCCUGCGAACCAUGAGACAGCAACUCAAGUCACUGCGGGCCUACCUCUUCACCUGCCGCUCCAUCGUAGCAGACGAGCUCAGGCGAAGGGUUUUGCCGAGGGAGUAUCUGCUGGCGCACAUGCACCUCUACUCCAUCACGGACCUCCAACAGGUCAUCGAUGGUCGGUUCGCCCCAUUCCUCGCCAAGACCAUCAAGUUUGCGUCCGACCACGUCUACUCGUGUGGCCUCUGCAGCCAGAAGGGCUUCAUCUGUGAAAUCUGCAACAGCUCUGAAAUAAUCUACCCCUUCGAGGUGUCUUCUACCACUCGGUGUGAUCGAUGCCAAGCCGUCUUCCACAAAGCCUGCAAGGGCAGCACGGUGCCCUGCCCUAAGUGCGUGAGACGGGAGCUGAGGACCAUGCAGAGAUACUGCAGACCCGAGGAGCACACUGGCCCUUCACAAGCCAUACCUGAAUUCCCGUACUCAAGCAGCCCCUGACGACAAUUUUUUGAAUGGUAAAAGGAAGGUGGGGGGGGGGGUUGGGAAGAUGACACUUGUUAAUGGGGCUACCGCCAGUUUAGCGGUAAAGUCGACUUGCGGUGCCACGUGGUGUACAGACUGCCCGGCGUUCAGGUGGGACGCUGGUAGGCAUUGCUACGCCUUGAGACUUCUAAGUUCCCACCAACUGCAUCGACUUCACGUGUCUGUGUACUUGUCAUAGACCACCCAUGUAUGAGGGCUGAGAUGUGACCAGGAGGCCUUCUUUCACUACAGCACCCAAGGCGAAAUCUGCACUGGAUGGAUACUUCCUGAAACCGCUGCCUACAAUUAUAUCUUACACUGUUCCUGAAAUUGAGCAUUUUAGAUGUGGUAUUUAUGGGAGCUGUUGGUGACUUAAAGGGGGAUUUCGGACAUCCCUUGUCUUUGAGUUUCUGGCAAAUGGCAUGGCUGUUCUCUCUGAGAUGAUGGAAGUCAGAGAGUCAGGCCCACAAGUAUCAGCCACUGUGGAGAGAAAUGUAUUGUCAGAAACUCAAAGUUGAUGCAUGAAAGAAUAUUUUCCUUAAACUAUUUUUUGUUCUGUGUUCUUUGAAAAAAUAAUCAUCCAUAGGUGUGGUAUUGUUGAUCAUUUGAAACAUAGGAAGAUGGUGAGUGAUGUAGGAGGCUUUAGAAUUUGUAAUUUAAAUAUUUUGGGAAAAAAUUCAAGCCAGUGAUUUACAUUUUGUGCACAUUUACUAUUCAUUCCUAAAUAAUAAUGUAAUUUAUGACAAAUUCAAAGUCAAGUUAAAUGAUGUUCAUGUUCAAAUGAACAAUAGACAAUGCUCAACUCCUUGGGCUGCCCUGAGCCAAUGGAUACCAUUGUACAAUUCUCUAUUCAACACAUCUGUUGACUUCUCAAAAAAGUUGUACCUAUCUUAUCAACACUUGAGGGAUGAUGGGAUGUAUUGAUCCCUGGCCAGGAUUGAACCGGCAACUUUCCAAUUGUGAGUCAUUUGCUCUUAGCAAUACGAAUAUCCAGCCAGAUCCCUUGUGAUAAAAUGACAUAUACUGUCAUAAUGGAUAAUAUUGUGGAUUAUACUCAGUACAUGCAGUCAAAAACAUAAAUUGAUCUUGCCGAGUGUUCGGUGACAAUCAUCGCAAAGUAGCAGUUCUGAGCCACAGGUGGAAAUUCCACAUUCGUGUGGCCAUUCUCUCCAUAGGACAUCCACUUGUGAUUUCCCACUGAGUGAAUCUGCUUUAUUAAGAAUGACCGGUGAUGGCAAGAAGUCGAAUCAAUGCUGGCCAAGGUUUAAACUCAAAACUUUGUGACAAAUUGCCCCAAUCAUGUGGAAAGCAUAUAUACUGGAAACAGUUAAAACAUAACUGAUUAUUUAUAUGGCAAACACAUCCUUAGUUUGCUUGUGUUACACCAAAUUAAUAAUUUGUUUUUAGUAAACUGAAAAAUUAUUUUACAAAAAAUAACUGAUUAUGAAGGCUUUCAUUCAGUGCAAUGUGCUUCCAGUAUCUUGAAGACUGGCCAUUUUUUUCCUGUUCAAGCUAGUUGUAUAUGCCGUUUCUGAAUGCACAGGACACCUGCAUUGCAUCGAUAGAUGCACAUGAUGAAUGAAUCCUAAACAAUCACUACAAAAUAGAGAGUUCUUCACAGCAUCAAAGGUGGUACACACUUGGCUUCAAAGACACUGCUAGGGCAUUGUGUAGAGGUGUGAGCAUUGUCUAUGCCAUAAAGUUACUUUUUAGUCAAAUAAAAUGUGUUCAUCUUUAUAACAUUUUUCAUGACAAAAUCAAGUAAAGAGCUAAAUGCCUUUCUACUCAACAAACCAUGCGGUAGUGCUUAUCUGCAAUGGCAGCCUCGAGCCAUUGGCCAAACUCAACAUUUGUUAUGGGGGCCAAUUUUGAAGAAUAUGAAGACCUUGAGUGUGUGUGCUCCAUCCAGAGGCUGUUAAGUGCCUAGAUCAAUAGCUCAGUCAAUUCGAAUUUAAAACGUCAGUGUUUCCUUGAUUAAAGGAGCACUGUGAAUACAUUAAUCUCUGUUGGCAACCCUGACUCCAUAGUGGAAAUUCCACAUACCCAUGGCAGGGGUCAUUCUAUCCAUAGGGUGAUCACUGUUGACAUACCAAGUGCUCUCUUACUAAUUCCAGGUUAUAUCCGGUUUCAGAUGUAGGUUAUUGCACUGGAAUACAGUGGACCUAUUGUGAAUUAUGUAACUUUGCACAGAAUUUCCCAGGUGGUUGUAGUAGAAAUCAAUCCUUAGAAAACUCGCUCGGUGGCAAGUGAAUACGUCCCCACACUAUCCAAUGAUAAGGUGUCUGAUUGGGGAGAUGGUAAAUACCUUCCACUCAUGUCUUUCAAAAUGAAUGUUCACUAAGUUCACAGAUCAAGGUAAUGGUUCAACCCCAGGAAUGUUAAGCUCAUAUCAGCCAGUGGGUGCAGGGACUGGCAGAGCCAUAUUCUAUUGCUGCUGUUGCGAGGUGAAGACCAUUUCUGGUCAUUGUGUUUACGUUUUUGUGAUGACCUCUGACGUACAGGUCAUGAGAUAUCGCGUAAUCUUUUAGGGUAUUUUUGUUUACACGAUUCUGCAAAAGGAUGCGUGAAAAUAUUCAAAGUUUAUUGCACAGUGAUGUACAAUUUGCACAGACGUUUAACAUGUUAUGUCUAUAAGGCGGGUCUCGUAUGCCAUGGCGGAGCCAGGAUUUUCAGUUCGGGCGAGGGGGGGCAACCUUUCCAGCAAUGAAAAAUGAUAGGAGUUGUUAGUCAGUAAGGACUUGUCCCUUGCUUUUUAUUCGACGCGUGCGCGGCGAUAGCGCAGCCCAUCGAUCGAGGGUCGAAUUCGAACCGUGUGAUCGGCAUCGUGCUCGCUGAAGGUGAAUGCCUUCAGGGAAGUCGUGUACUCCAUACGCAACUGCGCACAAUUCUGAGUCACUUGUAACUGCUUUGCCGUUACUUAUUUCAAAUUAUGGACUCAGACUAUUGUCCUAUCAUCUCAUAGAUUCCCUGGCACAUAAUAAUAUGCUACACAGUGGCAGAGGGGGUCGCAAAAUGCCGAUUUAUUACUAAUAAACCCCAGUGAUCCGAUCUAAAUCAGGGAUUUCGAUCGGAUCAUUGGGGGGGCACAUGCCACCCCUUCUGCCCCCACUGGCUCCACCAGUGUUCGUAUGAAUAGUUACAACAAAAAUGCAAGGAAAUUUAAUUAACUCCAGAUUCGACAGUGUUGUGUCAAACAUACUUAAUUUUGCUGGUGUUAUUAAGCCAGCAUAAUUAACAACAUUUGUGCUUUAGUGCUGUGAUAUAUAUUCGUUAACCAUACUAAAAGGAAUUUAUGUGGCUUCAUUAACGAAGGGAAACAGUUAAUCCUGACCAUUGCCACUGCACCUCACCGUUGCUUCCUUCUCCAUGAUCUCACAGCUAUUGAACAAUCAAAACCUGAAAUCCAAGGUUUCCUGAAAGUAUCCCAACAACUGACUUUAGGUCUUUACAUUUGCGACACACUCCUCAGUGCCACUAAUGACGGUGUAACUUCCCCUCCUAUCCUACACACGUCCCUCUCCUUGCAACCUCUCCCUAAUUAUAUCUAGAAUACAUUUAGGCAGGAUUUUAUUCCAAACUUAGACAUAAUUGGUUUUAUUUAGACUAUGAAACAUCUACCAGGUUAUUGCAAUACACCCUGUCCUCUCUUCUUAAAUGAUCCAUGUUACGUUAUUACCGAGAUUACAAAGUUCUCAACUACCUCCGUGUUUGUAUUAACACUUUGUUGUAGGCCGUCAGUUUAGACUGAUUAAUAUUGGAUCAAUAAAGUUCCAACCAAAUUAUUGAUCCUCAAUUUAAUUUCCUUGUAGUUUCGCUGUACUUAAUGCCUUAAUAUACAGUAUUGCAUGUGUGUGUAUAUAUAUUGUUUAUGGGAAACGUCCUUUGAACUGUUUGUAUGAUAGCAAUGUCAAUUUAUAAUUUGAACUUUAUUCAUGAUGUUGCUGCAUGCAUUGUUUCCCUCAUUCGGUUUUCUUUGUAUAUGGUGUAAAAUAAUAACCUGCCAAAGUUUUCAAACUGCUUUUCUCUUUAUUAAUGUGCAAAUUCGCCAUACAAUACAUAAAUUAUGAAGUGUGCAAGUGUUGUUCUCAAAUCGAGUUGCUUGUUCAUUGUAUUGUAUUUAUAAUAGGGAAAUGCAUGCACACUAUUCGCACAAUCAUAAGUGAACAAAUUGAUGGGACAAAAAUUGUCUGGUAUAAUGAAAAUAAAACUGAUUGGUAAGACUGGA